AUGUCUGGCUCUGACUCUGACUCCGAUUAUGAAUUAACACUUUCUGCUAAUGCCCUCGCUGCCCUUGAAGAAUUCAAAAAAGAGGAACAACAACACCAAGAAGUUUUCCAAAAGCUUUACGACCAAACUGAUGAAGAUUUCCAAAAAAAGAAAAAAGAAGAAGGAAUGAAGCUUUUCAAAGAAGAUUGGCAACUCUCUCAAUUUUGGUAUAGUGACGAAACGGCUGCAGUUCUAGGAGAUGCCCUACUAGAAGGCGCUGAUGAAAAUACCAUUAUCGCAAUAGUAAGUGCCCCAUCUGUUUAUGCUGCUAUCCAAAAGAAACCUAUCAGUGAAAUUCCCACCGAGCAUAUUUACUUGUUCGAAUUUGAUAAAAGAUUUGAAUUGUUAGCUGGAAAAGACCACUUUUUUUUUUACGACUACAAUAAACCACUGGAGUUCAGUGAUGAAAUUAGGGGCAAGGUUGAUAGAUUGCUGAUCGAUCCACCCUUUUUAAAUGAAGACUGCCAAACUAAAUCUUCUGUCACUGCGAAAUCUUUAUUGGCUCCCAAUGAUAACUCUGAAACAAAAUAUGGAGUUUUAAAGCACCGUCUUAUUAGCUGCACAGGUGAAAGAAUGUCUGAAGUUAUAUCCAACGUUUAUUCAGACACAAGGAUCACAACUUUUCUUCCAGAGCAUUCUAAUGGUUUAAGUAAUGAAUUCAGAUGUUACGCAAAUUUUGAAUGUCAUUCAUGGAAAUUUGCUCCUUAA